AUUUCUCUGUAGCUAUAAAUGGAUCUCUUGCAAGUUAUUUUCCCGGAAGGAAAGGAGUGAGACAGGGUGAUCCCUUAUCCCCCUAUCUUUUUGUUAUUGGGAUGGAAAUUCUUACUAGGCUUCUAGACAUAGCAGCUGCGCAAGGAAAUGUGAGGUUAAAGUUAAACCAGGAUAAAACAGAGCUUUAUUUUGGCGGCAUGAAUGAAGAAAGAUCUAUGGAACUGUUGCAGCUCACAGGCUUUAGGAAGGGAUCCUCACCUAUCGGGUAUUUGGGUCUUCCUCUUACAUCAGAGAGAAUUCAACUAAUAGAUUCAGUCCUCCUUCGUAUGGCUUCAUAUUGGUGUGCCAAUUUCAUAUUGCCCAAGAAGGUUGUCCAGUUGGUGCAUCAAAGAUGUAGAGCUUUCUUGUGAAAGGCUCAGAUGAAUAUAAGGUGGGUGGAAAGGUCGGUUGGGAGGAAAUCUGUCUACCUAAGGGAAAAGGUGGUCUAGGCAUUUGAAACAUAGAAGUUUGAAAAAAAGUAUGUGUCAUGAUGAACAUUUGGAUGAUCCUAAUUAACUCAGGCUCCUUGUGGGUGGCAUAGGUGAAGAGAUACUUGAUAAAGAGGAGAUGUUUUUGGACAUUGAAAGUUCCUGGAGCUAGAGAAAGCUACUUAAGCUGCGACAAUGGAUCAGACCUUUUAUUGAAUAUAAGGAGGGGCCUAGUAAAAAUAUUAGUUUUUGGCAUGACAAAUGGCUACCAGUGGGAUGCUUAGUCGACUUCUGUAGUUGUGGAUCCUUGUGUUUUCCUUCUAUAAAAGAGCAUGAUAUGGUCAGGAAAGUUUUGAAAGAGAAUGUAUGGCAUUGGCCUCGAAGUGGUGACCCUCAAGCAGAAGAAGUAAAAACACUUGGCUGGAGGACUUGCUCUACAUACCAAGGACAUGGUGAUUUGGACAAUUAACAAGUCAGGUUCUUUUUUCCACAUCAAGCUCCUGGCAGUACUUCAGGAGUAAGAAGCCAAAAACUAUGUGGAGCGAGACAAUCUGGGGGGCACAUCCUAAAGGUAUCCUUUAUAUGCUAAUUGGCAAUAUUAAACAAAUUAUCCAAUAAAGAAAGAGUAUCAAAUUGGGGCAUGAAUGUCUCGAAUCUUGACUGUGAGUUCUGUAGGGAAGAGCAAGAAUCCCGAGACCAUUUAUUCUUUACCUGUAGGAUCACAAAUGGUAUUUGGAGAAGCAUCUUAAGUAGAGUUGGCCUCUCUCAUCAACACUCCAUUUGACAAAUUGAAUUCCUUUGAGUCUCCUCCUUGAAGGGAAGGUCUUUGGACACAACAUGCUUGAAGAUCCUAUGGACAAUAUACAUAUACAAGAUUUGAGUUGAUAGGAACAAUAGGAUUUUCCAACAGAAGGCUACUGAUGUUACUGGGUUGAUUCGCCAAGUUUUUGAAGUUUUGAGAUGAAAAUAUUGUUUAUUUCAAAUGUUAACCUCAAGAUAGACAAUUCAGUUAUAAUUAAGUCUCUCAGUUUUAGAUAAA